GUAUUGCCCGUCAAUUUGAGUCUCCAAACAUUUUAUUAGUCUCGGUAAUUACAAAUUACAAAGCAACACAAAUCUUUCACAGAUUUUUCAAAAAUGUUGCCUGGGUGGAAGAGAUUUUAUGUCGUGGUCCUGAGCAUGACCAGCCUGUUGUUCCUGAUACUCACCCAGCCCAUAGCGGACAAAUUUAAGCGCCAUCCCGAAAAACUCGAUGAAAAUGACUCGUACGUCAUAUUGGUGGUCCAAACAAUCCAAGUGUUUUUGUAUAUAGCAGCACAAAUACUGCUAGCUCGGCACAUCGUUGAAUUCUUGAUUUGGACUCUUUUUUUAAUCUGGAACUGUACCAUCCAGAUGAUUCUGAGCAGUGGAUAUCUGAUGCUUACCAUACUCUAUGGCCAUGCCGACCCACUAGUCAUGGGCCUGGCUAUCGUAGAUAUAAUUUUAGUGACCGGCUUAGUGUCCUGGAACGCGGCCGAAGAGUUUUUACUGAGGGGUAUUCCAGGAGACUAAAUAGAUCAAUAAAUUACAUGAAAUAUUUCAUGUUCUUCGUCAAUUCAAAUAUUGGAAAAGUCAUGGAUGUCUUCUGACACUUUCGAAAUCAAUGACCCAAUCGUCCAAUAAACGUUUGAUACAUCAAAAAACAUGUAAAUUGAAAUAUCUUU